AUGACCAACAGUGGCCAGCGAGCUGCAGCAAGCACAGCCUCCAGUACCUCUAGUGCCAGCGCCGCCGCCUCUUCCGCAGCCAAUAGAGAAUCUUCUGCUGCAGCAGCAGCCUCCUCAUCCUCAUCUUCCUCGACGAACCAGAGAUCACCCUCCACUCCUCGAAACCUCUCCAAUCUUGGGUCACCUCCUGAUCCACAACAGCAGCAGCAACAACAACAAUACCCGCUAAGUCCACUGAUUCAGCAGCAGCAACAGCGACAGCAGCAGUCAGGCAGUGAAUCUCCGGUGGACUUGCACCUCUACCAAUUUGCCCUUGGCCAAUCCUCAACCUCCAAAAACUCCUCUAUUUGCAUUCACCGCAACUUCUACGAAAAGUGCGCCACCUGUCAGAGCGCCAGUGGCAGUGGCAACACCUCAUACUCAAAUCUCCUUCGAAACUCAAUCAAGCUCAGUCCGCCGUCGUCGCAGCUUUCUGAGGCUCUUCAAAGAGGAGGUGACGGCAGCGACAGUCCUUACCAAUACCAACAACACCAACAGAAUCAGCAAAAUCAACAGAAUCAACAACAACUUCAACUUCAGCAACACUUUGGCAUUUCCCUAGCCUCUCAGCAGCAGCAACAGCAGCAACAUCACCAGCAACAGUUACAACAACAGCAGCAGCAGCAGCUAACCUCCGCCAUGAACUCCCUCAACUCGGAGGCCCUCCUCGGGGGCGUGCACGAGAGCGCUGCGAAGCACCUGUUUAGCCAGGCGGCGGCCGCAGCCAACGCCGUUCAGAACCAGCAGUCAUCGCGCGAGUCGACGCAAACUCCCUCGCAGUACUGCCGCGCUUCUUCUGAGUCAGCUUCAGCUGCCGCCGUCGCCGCUGNACAGCAGCAGCAGCAGCAGCAGCAGUCGGCGAUCGCCAACGUUCAGAACCAGCAGUCAUCGCGCGAGUCGACGCAAACUCCCUCGCAGUACUGCCGCGCUUCUUCUGAGUCAGCUUCAGCUGCCGCCGUCGCCGCUGCCGCCGCUUCAGCUCGAGCCCUGGGCAGCUUCUCACCAGGACAUAACUUUUCUUCAAAUGGGCCAAAUG